AUGCCCGAUUUGACCUCCCCCCCGGCCUCGGGAUCCGAGUUCAUCACAUUGUUCGCCAACUACACCAGCACCCCAUUGCUCGAGUCUGAUUCUCUGGUCUCUGCCUGGGUUGGUUUCUGCCAGCUUAUCUCCUGGGACAAUGCCUGGAAACUGUCGACGUUGACGCUUCUUCUGCUCAAUCUCAAAGUCUUCCCAUUCGUUUAUCAUCUUCGACUUCUCAAUGGUCUGCGCUUUGUUCUCCGAUCCCAGCGCCCAAAGCGAGAUGUUGGACCCGAGCAGCUUUUCCAGCCGCUGAUCACGUCGUCGAAGUCAUGUUUAAUGGAACUCGAUGUCUUCGGCCAUAAAUCUAACAGCACGUACUUUGCUGACGUUGAUAUCGCCCGUGUGCACCUCGUGACGACAAUGUUUGGGAAGGGCAUCGACAAGAUCCGUGGGGGCACCACCAUGAAUGGCCUGAGUGGGAAACCGCACAGCAAAUUCACAGUCGCUUUGGGCGCGGUGAGUUGCACGUUUAAGAAAGAGAUCCUGCCCUACGAAGGUUACGACAUGUGGACAAGAGUUCUCUCCUGGGAUGAGAAAUGGGUGUACCUGGUCACGCAUUUCGUCAAGAAAGGAUUCAAGAUGGGGCCCAAGAUGUCAUCCUUGUAUCCCCAUCAAGACAAGCAAGCACCGAAAUACGAGGUGGAUGACAACGGGGAUACCUCGAUGUUCAAGACAGAGACUACCGACAGCACCUGUGGCCCGGCAAAAGCACCGAUCGCAGCGUCCGCCCUCAGCAAGAUUGUGUUCAAGAAUGGGCGUAUCACUAUUUCGCCCCAGCAAAUACUCGAAGCUUCAAAUCUCCUGCCGAUCGCUUCUUUGGGCGACGCGGAAACGAAAGCCGAAAAGAGUUUCACGAACAUGAAGCUUAGUGCAGCCAUUGAGGCGGAGCGACAGCGUGGCCUGCACUUAGCAGCUCUUCUAGCAGGCCAGACGGCCCUAGAGGACGAAUUCUACAGCGAAAUUGCACUGGGGAGGCAUUAUGACGGCCUCGGAAUCGAAGGCAUUGUAACCACUUUGGCACAAUUGGGCAAGGUUUCAUCAUACCAACUGAUAUAA